CGCACCUUAUAUAGUGACAAAUUCGUAGACAGUCACAAGAAGACCAUUUUAGUGUACUAGUGUAAAUUUCGUUACUUUCUUUAAAGAGUCUCGUUACAUUGCAUGAAACAACAGACAAAGCUGAAAUCAUAUUCCUCAGAAAAGUUUGCGUUUGCCAGAAGCGAAUGCCCAGUUUAUAGGCAGAGGACGAUUGGACUUAAAUAAAAAGAAUACAUUUUAAGAUGAAGAUUCUAAAUGCAAGAGAUGCAUACUUAACAAAUGCGGAGGUUUACCUGCAUCUGAAGGACAUGGAAGAAGAGCAAAAUCAAAGGACUCGAGUAAGAGGAGCAGCAGGCGGACUAGUGUGUGAAAAUUUGCGAACUAUACAGUUUGAGAUCCUUAAAUAUAUGAAUUCACAGACAAAUUGCUCACAUAUGGAUGAAGAAAAGUUUCUUGCAUGUCUUAAAGUACUGGAUGAAUAUGAAUUAACCAAAGCUGAAAAGCUAAUAAUUUUAAAUAAUCGCCCUUCAAGUAUUCCAGAAAUUUAUGCUUGUAUUGAAGGAAUUGAGGAACGUCUUCAAGAAGACCAAAUAGAAGCUUUCAUCGAAAAAGUAAAUUCAGUUUACCCAUAGAAGUUAAAAACGAGCUAAUGAUUUUUUGGAAGUAAGACACAUAUAGAUCAAUGAAGUUAUACUAUUCAAGUAAUAUGCCCUAA